CCGUCUGCCAUGGGUAAAGCAAGAAAGAAGCAAAAAGUUUGCUUCAAUGUCGCGAUUCUGAAAAUAGCUCAGAAACAUCUCCUCAGUAUUUUCUUCCUUUUAAUUUAGUUUCGUGUCAUUUAAAGUGAUAAUUUUGUGCCCUUAGAAGUGCUUAGCCAUUGAUAUUCAUAAAAAAUUUGAAUGUUUCUUCACGUACAGUUCGUUUUUGCAAAAACCUUCAAAAUUGUUUCUGAAAGAAUUUCGAGUAAAGUAAUAAGUCACCAAAAGUGUCGUGAUUUCUAAUUGGAAUCUUAAAAUUAACAUAAUUAACAUAAAAAUUAGUGAAUCAUUGCAUCAACAAUAAUAUUUAAUGAAAAGAUAUUCGAAUAGAGUCUUCAAAAAUGUUGCGAUUUUUGAGCAGACGUAAUCGAAAUCAUCAACAAAUCAAUUCGAGCGACAUAAAAUCGCAACGAAUCCCAACAAAUAAGAACCUUAUCCAAUGUAGAGUCAUACUAUUGGAUAACAGUGAUAUUAGCAUUGAACUAUCGAAGAAAGCGCUUGCAAAUGAUUUGUACGAGCAGGUUUUCUACACUUUGGACUUAAUUGAAAAAGAUUACUUUGGCUUACAAUUUACUGAUCCUUACAAUGUCAAGCAUUGGUUGGAUCCAACGAAAACAAUAAAAAAGCAAGUGAAGAUCGGCCCACCAUAUACACUCCACCUUAAAGUAAAGUUCUAUUCAUCAGAACCGAAUACGUUGAGAGAAGAAUUGACACGUUAUCAAUUUUUCCUUCAACUCAAACAAGACAUCGUAACAGGACGACUGGAAGUUCCUGAGCCAACAAUUUAUGAGCUUUGUGCUUUAUCUCUUCAAUCUGAACUUGGCGAUUACGAUGCCCCAACACAUACACCAGCGACUGUUUCCGAAUUCCGUUUUGUGCCGAAUCAAACUGAAGAAAUGGAAGAAGCAAUUGUUGAUGAAUAUAAAAAACUUCGUGGUUUGACACCAGCACAAGCUGAGACGAAUUAUCUCAACAAAGCUAAAUGGUUGGACAUGUUUGGUGUUGAUAUGCAUACGGUGUUGGGGAAAGAUGGUUGUGAAUACCAUCUUGGAUUGACACCGACUGGAAUUUUGGUGUUUGAAGGUGCACAGAAGAUCGGCUUUUUUUUCUGGCCGAAGAUUGGCAAACUUGACUUCAAGAAGAAGAAGUUGACACUUGUCGUUGUUGAAGAUGAUGACCAAGGACGUGAACAAGAACACACAUUUGUGUUUCGUCUUCACAAUGAGAAAGCGUGCAAACAUUUAUGGAAAUGCGCAAUAGAGCAUCAUGCAUUCUUCCGUCUACGAUCACCAUUGAAAGGGCCAUCAGGUCGUCAGAACUUCUUUAGAAUGGGCUCAAGAUUCCGUUACAGUGGAAAAACUGAAUUUCAAACAUCUCAUCAGAAUCGAGCACGUCGUACAGUUCAGUUCGAAAGACGACCUUCGCAACGUUUCGCUCGUCGACAAAGUCAUGUUUUACGAGAACGGCAAAAGCAAAUUCAACAGCCAACGGAAGUUCAAUCGGAAGACUCGCAAACAAUUGCUUCAGGUACAUCGACGCCUUCUGUCAACACCGUUAUUCAUAAACCGGAAGUAAACGAUGCAACUUCUAUUGGAAAUAAGUCUUUGUCGUCAAACGAAGAUCGUGCUGUUCAACUGAAGCUACUUGAACUUGAACCAGCUGGUGCAAGUUACGAUGCACCGAAAUCGCCAUUCCUUCAUCCUCAAGGAUCUUUCGGAAAAGCUUCGAUCAAAAGCUUUAAAAGUAAUGGUUCAUCUAUUCCCGAUAUUCAAAUCGACAACAUACUUAAAGAAUAUGUUAAAGAUCCAUCGCCAAGUGUCCAUCUUGAAGCAUUAAAUGAUGUGACAAAUAUUAAAGUUGGUGUUAAUAAAACGUCAGAAGUUAAAAUGAACAACGAUACGCUAAAAAAGUUUUCUAAUGACAAGCCGAAUAAUCAGAUUAAGCUGAUUAAUUCAUCGGGAGUUUCACUACCACCGAGUCAAAUAAAGUGCAACAUUUUGAAAGCCCGAGCUGAAGAAGAACUUCACACAAAUGCUCAUCAUCCGAAGCUCACCAACCAGCUCUUUGACGAUUCACAUAACGCAUCUGCGACUUUUGUUGCUGUGGGCGGUGAUAAGUUAACAUUGAACUUAAAUGGCGGUGGGUCGUCAUCUGGAGCUUCUUCGGUUCAACAUUUAACUGCACCAACAUCGCCAAAAGUUUGUAACUUGCCAUCGUUGAUUCCAUUGCCGACGACAGUGGAAAAGAAUUCAAACCUCAAUGAAAGCGUUACGGUUACGCACUUCUCAGACAUUCAUGGAGGUGUUGUAGAGAAAAUUAGCGUACCCGUGACAAGUGGCUCAAAUGUAGUCGAGAUGAAUGAACAAAAAUCACCGAAACUUGAAACAACGAAGACGAAAACGACAAUCAGCAAUAAUCCAUUUGCUGACGAAAUGUUAACAACGACAAUAAUUACGACAUCGACAGUCACAUCGCCAACGAUUAAAACUUCAACGAAUCCAUUUCGAAGUUCAUUUAAUACAAAUGAGAAAAUUGAUGUUGAUAAUAACAAAUCUGUGAAAAUUUCAUUUCCCAUCAAUGCAAAGAAUCCAUUUCAAAGUGAAUCAAUUAUUGAUGAAAAUGCUUCUAAUAAUAACAAUGGAAAUGGUGUCGAUGAUAUCGACAAUGAGAAAAACUUAUCAUCAAUAUCAUCAAUUACUUUAAAGAUUGAUAACAAUGAGAAUAAUAAUGUGACGAAGAUGUUGGGUUCAAAGACGACCACUGAACCAUCAUCAAUUCAUGUAAAUGGAUAUAAAGAAUCAGCGAAGAAGGACAUCAACGACAAUAACGGGAUUCGGAAGAAUAUUAAUAAUAAUAACAAUUACGAUGUCUCACCAUGGCUAGUGUCAUCAGAAAUCGUUCAAGCAACGAAAGCGAAAGAACCGCCGAUUAUGCGCAAGUCGGUGAUUACAACGCAAUUAUAAUAAUUUAACACAUUCCGUCACUUUUUUACUUAAUAUUUAUCGACUUCAAUGUUUUUUUUAUUUAAGACAAAGAAACAUGAACAUUUUUAAUUUUUUUUUCUUUCUCUCCACUCUGAGCUCUCACACCGGAAACAGUUUUGUUUGUGCUCAUUCGAAAUGUUUCGUGUGCUUGUCAAAAAUAAUGAGUUGACUUUACAUUUUGAAAUUAGAGACUUAAGGAUGUUAAUGAAAGAAAAAGAAAUAUUUUUGUUGAAUUAUAAAUCAAUAAUUAUUAUUAUUAUGAUUUUGUCCCUCCCACGCCCACUUAACAUUAAUCAGGCUGUUAUAUUAUUUUUCUUUAAAUGAAAUGAAACACUGGCAUGUAUCUAGCAAUUUAUGAGAAUACUUUAAAACUUCUUCCUUUGUGCUUCAUUUAUUUCUUUCUUUUUUUACUUUGACAUGAUUUUUUUGUGAAACUUGUGAAAAGCUUCAAAAUGACGACUCUUUGUUUCAACACGCAAUACUUAAUGAAAACGGUAGCUGAAUCAUAAAUCCGCUUGGAUAUCUUUAUUCUUUCUUCACGAUUUUUUUUUCAAUUGUCAAAUUGAUCUCAAGAAAAUGGCAAUUUACUUUACUUCCAUUAUGCAAUAAUUAAUUUCAUAAUGUUGUUUUUGUUCCUCGGCACGUUUUUGUUUUCUUUCGGUGAGAAUUCUUUUGUGUCAUGUCCAACGGGAAUCUGUUUUUUUUAUUAGACAAGCAAACGCAUUCCACAAACUUAAUUGUAUAUGAAUGAACUUAAAAGACAAUGAAUGAAUGUUUAGAGGUGGGAAAACAUCUCAUGCUCGAGUAUUCAUUAAUUAUUUAAGUUUGAUCGCAAGAACAGCCUUAAUUUGAUACUUGAAUGGUGCACUUAAUGAAUUUAUCAAAGAGAACUGCCGAUGUGCCAUGCUUAUAAUCAUUCAAAUGCUGUCAUGUCUUCUGCUACUUUUUAAGACUUCUUUCGGUGCAUUUAACAUGUGUGCUUUUCUAAUCAUUCUGAUAAAGAAAUAUAUCAAUCAACUAUCUACCCCCGUCCAAGAAAAUACUGUAAAAAAUUUCAUAAUAAACAUAAAAUUUCUUUCAUCUUUGAUUUGAAACAAAAUUUAUGAAUGAAAAUAAAAUAAUAAAAUAUUUCGGCUAUUAUUCCAUUGAAUUUAAAUCGAAGAUGAAAGAUCUUAUUCGAAUAGAGAAGAUUAGAGUACAAGACAAAAUAUGAUGAUAAUAAAUCGUUUAGGCUUUGCAUUAAGCAGACAGAGUUGUGACGCUGACGAGCGAACGAUAAAUGGCAUAACUUUGACGCCAACUUUACGAUGCAGCCUUACAUAAAAUCAAAAUACUUUCUUAAGCAAAAAUUGUAGCUAAGAAAAAACUUUUCUGCUCAAUCUUAAAUUCUAUAUUUAUGUGAAAAUAUAAAGAUAAAGAAAUCAUUUUGUAUCAGAAAUAUUUGUAGAUAUAAGAAAUUUAUUCAAGGUGAUUCGAGAAUAAAC